CCGUGGAUCGGAGUCCACUCGGUGAACAUCGUCUCUGACACUCGCUGCAUGCGGCGCUCUCGCAUCUUCCUCGUGGCGUAGCAGCGUGGAAUAGUUCCUCCACUCGGUCGUCGGGGAGGAAGAGGAGGAGGAGGAAGCGGAGGAGGAGGCGGUGGAGGAGGAGGAAGAAGAGGAGGCUCUGCGGGCUGUGCAUUGAUGAAAUAACGCGAGCUCCGGAGCAGGGUUCAGGAUGAUUUCUCCGUGGGACCGGUGGUACUCGACGAGCUGCUGCCUCUGCUGCCACGUCCGGACGGGCACCAUCAUCCUGGGGAUCUGGUACAUGCUCAUCAACGCGGUGGUCCUACUCAUCCUGUUGUCGGCUCUCAACGACCCAGUUCAAUACCGCUACCACCUUACCAGCUCUGAGCUGGGAACCGACAUCGAUGUCAUGGACGAUGCGAAUAUCUGCAUUGCCACUGCGAUAUCCCUGCUCAUGAUUCUCAUAUGUGGCAUGGCAACGUACGGCGCUUACAAGCAACAUGCUGCCUGGAUCAUUCCGUUCUUCUGCUACCAGAUCUUUGACUUUGCCCUCAACACACUGGUAGCCAUAAGUGUGGUUGUUUAUCCCAACACGGUGCAGGAUUACCUGCAGCAGCUGCCGGGGACAUUCCCUUACAAAGAGGACAUCAUGUCCACCAACAACGUGUGCCUAAUUUUUGCUGUCCUCCUCUUCAUUGGAUGCAUCCUCUCCUUCAAGGCCUACCUGAUUGGCUGCGUGUGGAACUGCUACAGAUACGUGAGCGGCCGGGGCACCACGGAAGUCCUGGUUUAUGUCACCACCAAUGACACCGCGGUUCUGCUGCCCCCGUACGAGGAGGCCCUUGCUGUACCACCGAAGGAUCCCCCUCCCCAGUAUAUGGAGGCGUGAGAGACGUCCCCUACACCCCAAACUCCGACCACGUCUCCCUCCUCCUCCGACAGUAGGACCCCAGCGCUGACCGGGACCAGCUGAAAACCAGACAAAGGUCUCCGAGGCUCGAAUUCCUGUCAACCUCUAAUUAGAUUAGCCUGUAGCCCCCCCCGCCCCGCUCGCCCGCAUUCUGGCCGCUGUGACGUAUUUUCCUCGUCUCCUCUGUCCUCCUCAAGGACAGUAUCGCAUCCAUCUCAACCCUCUGAACCCCCCCUGAACAUUUUGUCCCAACUUAAUUUGCAGUUUUCUUUGAGCGAAACGUGCACCGGUUUGGCCACCAACUGUUAAUCCCCCGAUACUGUGACUCUCCCUCGUGGUCUUUGUCUAGAAGCAAACCCCCCCGAAGACAGAAAAGUGACGGAGAGAGAGAGAGAGAGAAAAGGGAAGCGACGUAAACCAUCAGUCAUGCAAGAGCACUUUUUUUCCAGAAAUUGACAAUUCCCUUAGUCGAAUGUAAUGACGAGGUAUUUUUGUAUGACGUUUUUGUAUAACGGUAUAAAUUGAGGGGGGGGGCAGUGAAAGGCUUUCCUCUUGUGAUGUCAUACGCUGUGGCUCGUCUUUCCCCCCCCGACCGGUGUCCUUUGUAACCGCCGUCUGGUGACCUGCGACCCACCGGCGGCCCGCAAGGCGACGCCUCGUUCGCCCGCACGUCUCCAUCCCGAUAUUCCAGUUUGCCUUCCUCUCUGUUCCGACGUCUCAGAAAGGCCCAGAAGGACGUCCGCGUCAUUUGAAGCGCACCAACGUAGACGUGUCUCACAAUGCGGACGCCUCGCGCCCGAAAAAGUAAUACGCGUAACGGCAAAAUGUGAAAAGUGUGUGAAAAGUGAUUCUGUGUCGUGUUCUCGUCGAGCUGCAGCUUCAGCGGCAUCGUUAGUGUCUUUGUUUCUUCUUUUGAACGGAUCACGGUGAAUAAUCUGAUCUUUUUAGGGCAUUUUUUCUAUGAAGGCGGCGCAAACGUGCAGCUGUACACGCAGAGGCCGCUCGUGUGUUAGUGUGUGCGCGCGCUUGCCUGAGCGCGAUGUGUGACGUCACUCCUGGUUCCUUUUACACGUGGUAACGUUUCCUUUGCACGUGCAGUGACGUCGUGUUAUAUUUCCUGUGCUGGUGACCUUUUAAUGAAAUUAACGAUGGCCGGGAAUUUAAAGCACUGAUUUCGCUUAGCGUAGUAGCACAAAGUCGAUACACAGUAGAUAGAGCUAGAUGUUUGUCUUUUGUCUAGAACUAAUCAGAGAAUAUGAGGAAUACUAAUGGAAUAAACAAUAAUAGAUAAACUUAACCCCAUUCUUCCCUAUAAUUGCUAAGUAAUAUAUUUGUGCAUUCAACAACUGAUACUAAUACUGUAUUUAAUAAUGUAGCCAGACAUUUGUUGGCCCCUUUGUCAUUUUUUCCGUGUGUGAAUUAUGACCAUUGCUGUUGCGAAUCCAACAUAGCGAAACAUUAAAUUGCACUUUAAAGUCAGCGUGAGCUCGUGUCUGAAGUGAUGAUGAAAUGUAUUCACGUUCUCGGCGGUCUGCCGUAGCUGAGUGUUUUUAAACACGAUCAGCCGCCCUCCUCUGGACGGCAGAACCUUCUAUAACACCACAUCAAUCUGUCAGGCUGCACAAUUUAAAGCGACUGAAGGAGGAUUUCAGCUGCAGGGUUCAGAGGAACGGCUUGUACAGUGUCUGGACCAGUGGAUGCAUGGACGCUGUCUCAUUUUAUUAGAAUCACUUCCACGACUGUUCUCCACUGCUUUCCAUUCAAACACAUCCUAUUGUUGGAUCUGCACGAGCUCAUGUCUUAAAUACUCAAAAAUAAAAAGCAAAACCCGCCUGUGUCUGA